AAACCGCUUCCGCUCCAGCCUCUUACACCCAAUAACCGGGGGGUAGAGAAACCGCCCAACCUACAACUCUCACUCACUCACUCACUCACUCACCACCACCACCACAACCCCCUCCGAUAAACCAGCAUCAUGGCCGGAGGCGCAGCCAAAUACCGCCACCUGAGCCGCAAGUCGUCGCACCGACAAGCCCUCCUCCGCAACCUGGUCACCUCCCUCUUCACGCACGAGUCGAUCACCACCACAUGGGCCAAGGCCAAGGAAGCCCAACGACUGGCCGAGAAGCUGAUCACUCUGGGCAAAAAGAACACCGAAGCCAGCCGGAAGAGCGCCCUGGCUACGUUUUACACCCCCCACUCCAUCCUCCCCAAACUCUUCGGCCCCCUGCGGGAACGCUACGCCAACCGACCCGGCGGCUACACGCGGGUGCUGCGCGUGGAGCCCAAGAAGGACGACCAGGCGGAGAGCGCGAUCCUGGAGCUGGUCGACGGCCCCAAGGACAUGCGGUUCGCCUUGACGGCGCGGACCAUCGCGCGCCAGCGCGCCCAGGGCUUCGACACCCUCAACGAGAUCACCGCGCUGAAUGUCCGCAAGGUGACGCGGUUCCGGGACGGUGGGGUCGAGGCCCUCGAGGAUGAGGUGCAGAAGUUGAAGCUCGGGGGCCAUGGUGAGAAGACGGCCAGUAACAACGGUGAGGGCAAGGGCUUUGGCUGGAAGGGGCGGAAGGAGAAGGCCAAGAAGGCGCCUCUGGCUUAGAAAGAGAGAGAAAGGGACAGGGUUGGAUUUGAGAGGGGGGGGUUUGGGUUUGGGUUCUGCCACAAAGAUGAAUUCCCAAAUUGAGGGUCGGAUAAGACAACUCUUUCUCUCUUGGGGUGUAUUUGAUUGUGAUGGUGGGGGUUUGUUAGCAGCGACGCUGGUCCGCCUUUUCUGGUUUGUUUCUUUUUUCCGUUUCCCCAUUUCAUUUAUGUACCUUAUAUCAUUUCGUAUGUUGUUUCUCUCUGCUGCUGCUUUCUUCUCAACCUAACUGGACCAGUGGCUGGCUGCGACUGUAUUUCUAGCUGACUUGGCUUAUCUGAAAAUCAUACUGUUCAAACAAAGGAGCUCACUC